UGCUGGGGCUCCGCCGCGCCUUCGCCGCGCUGCUGCCGCUGCCGAGGGCAGGGUCGCCGCCGGCCGCCGCCAUGUCCACGCUGCUGAUCAGCCAGGAGCGCUACGCGUGGCUGCGGGAGCUGGGGCUGCAGGAGGAGAACCCGGGCGUGUACAACGGGCGCUGGGGCGGCCGCGGGCAGGUGGUGACCACGUACUGCCCCGCCAACAACGAGCCCAUCGCCAGCGUCCGGCAGGGUAAUUUGGAGGAUUAUGAAGAAACAGUAAAGAAGGCUAAAGAGGCAUGGAAGGUCUGGGCUGAUAUCCCUGCACCUAAACGUGGAGAAAUAGUGCGACAGAUUGGUGAUGCCCUGAGACAAAAAAUCAAAGUUUUAGGAAGCUUGGUAAGCCUUUUUAAAGUACAGUCACAAAAAGUGGUAGAUGAUAUCCACAUGAAGAUCACACCUAGCUGUCUCUUUGGAAAUGGAAAGAUUUUUGUCGAGGGUGUUGGGGAAGUGCAGGAGUAUGUUGAUGUCUGUGACUAUGCUGUUGUGUCCCGAAUGAUUGGUGGACCUAUUUUGCCUUCAGAAAGACCUGGCCAUGCCCUUAUAGAGCAAUGGAAUCCUGUUGGGCUAGUAGGAGUCAUCACAGCCUUCAACUUCCCCGUGGCAGUUUAUGGGUGGAACAGCGCAAUUGCAAUGAUCUGUGGAAAUGUUUGCCUCUGGAAGGGUGCUCCUACAACAUCUCUUGUUAGUGUUGCUGUUACAAAGAUAGUUGCCAAAGUCUUGGAGGAUAACAAGUUGCCUGGAGCAAUCUGCUCUCUGGUUUGUGGUGGAGCUGACAUUGGGACAGCAAUGGCAAAAGAUGAGAGGAUGGACCUCUUGUCCUUCACUGGCAGCACAAAAGUGGGCAAGCAAGUAGCACUUACCGUUCAGGAGAGAUUUGGCCGAAGCUUGCUGGAAUUGGGAGGAAACAAUGCCAUUAUCGUGUUUGAAGAUGCAGAUCUGAACCUAGUCAUCCCAUCUGCUCUGUUUGCUGCUGUGGGAACAGCAGGUCAGAGGUGCACAACUGCUAGAAGGCUGUUUCUCCAUGAAAGCAUCCAUGAUGGGGUGGUGGCAAAGCUUGCCAAGGCCUAUGCCCAGGUCCGCAUCGGUGAUCCAUGGGAUUCUGACACUCUGUAUGGGCCACUUCAUACCAAAGAAGCAGUGAAAAUGUUCCUUGAUGCAGUAGAACAAGCAAAACAACAAGGUGGCUCUGUGGUCUGUGGCGGAAAGGUUAUAAAUCGCCCUGGAAACUAUGUUGAACCAACCAUUGUGACUGGCCUUCCUCAUGACGCGCCCAUUGUCCACACUGAGACAUUUGCCCCCAUAUUGUAUGUGCUGAAAUUUAAGGAGGAAGAGGAGGUUUUUGCCUGGAAUAACGAAGUAAAACAAGGUCUUUCCAGCAGUAUCUUUACCAAGGAUUUGGGAAGGAUUUUUCGCUGGCUUGGGCCAAAGGGAUCUGACUGUGGCAUUGUGAAUGUUAACAUCCCAACCAGCGGAGCUGAGAUUGGAGGUGCUUUUGGCGGUGAAAAGCACACUGGUGGGGGAAGAGAAUCUGGAAGUGAUUCAUGGAAACUUUAUAUGAGACGGUCUACUUGUACAAUCAACUACAGCAAAGAUUUGCCAUUGGCUCAAGGAAUCAAGUUUCAGUAACAACCUUAUGAAUGGCUGUACUACAAACCGUCCCAGCAUUUCAGAAUCAAGCAGCUCCUAAGCAUCAUGGGGAUAAAAAUUAAUUAUAUGAAACCAAUUCUGUCAGAAAAUCAGCUACUCUUAAUUUGCUUCACUUUUUAUGUAUGUAUUUACUAAUUUAGUCUUCAAAUGAGAAGUCUGUGCCUUUUGGGAAGAAGGGAGGGUGACUAAAACUAACCGCCUUGGGUUCAGGUGGCCUGGAUAACCUGUUGCCUUAACACUGUAUUUCAGUACGAACACUGCCUCUGUCCCCUCCCCACUUUCUGCUGGUAUUUCCAGCUGUGACAUCUGUGUUUCAAACUGUGCCAAGUUUCCUGCACGCAGCUGGUGCUGUGGGGGAUAUUUGGGCUGCAGUAGAGGGCUUAUAUUUCAAUGAGUAAAUAAAGGUACAUUUUGUGAAAUA